UGAAUCAAAUUAUUGUGUGACUAUAUUCCUAUUGCGAUCCACAGGAUCAUGGAGGAAAAAAGUUUCAACAUACGAGACGCUAAACCAGAGGAUUGUGCUGCGGUAAUGAGGAUGAUUACUGAACUGGCAGCGUUUGGAAAACGUGAAGACAAAGUAGAAAACACAACAGAAGGACUGAAGAAGGAUAUAUUUGAUUCAGAUGGACUUGCUUCAUGUCUCGUUGCUGAAUAUAAAAGACCAGGUAAUGACAAAAGUGAGGUGAUUGGCUAUAGCGUUUUCUAUUACGCUUACAGUACUAUGAAAGGCAAAGGGGUCUUUAUGGAAGACCUUUACAUUAUGGAAGAAUUUAGAGGAAGAGGAUAUGGAAGGUCAUUGAUGAAGAGAGUUGCUCAAAUUGCUUUAGAAAAAGGUUGCCAAAGAAUGCAGUGGGAAGUACUUGGUUGGAAUAAGCCUGCAAUUAAACUCUACGAGUCUGUCAAUUCUACAGACCUAACAGCCACCGAAGACUGGCAUAAGAUUGUAUUAUCUAAAGAAUAUUUUUUACAAUUUGCUAAUAAUUGUUUAUAUUUGAUUUAUUGUUUUGGAGCAAUAAAGGCCCACAAGAUCAUGGAAGAAGAACGUUUCAAUAUACGAGAAGCUAUGCCAGAGGAUUGUGCUGCGGUAAUGAGGAUGAUUACUGAACUGGCAGUCUUCGAAAAUGCAGAAAAGGAAGUACAGAACACAACGGAAGGACUAAAGAAAGAUAUAUUUGAUUCUGGCGGUCUCGUUUCAUGUCUCGUUGCAGAAUAUAAAAGACCAGAGAAUGAAACAAGCGAGGUGAUUGGCUAUAGCAUUUUCUUCUACACUUACAGUACUUGGAAAGGCAAAGUGGUCUAUAUGGAGGACCUGUAUAUUAUGAAAGAAUUUAGAGGAAGGGGAUACGGACGGUCUUUGAUGAAGAGAGUUGCUCAGACUGGUGUAGAAAAAGGUUGCCAAAGAAUGCAAUGGGCAGUACUUGGCUGGAAUAAGCCUGCAAUUAAACUCUACGAGUCUCUCAAUUCUACAGACCUAACAGCCACUGAAGACUGGCAUAUGAUUACAUUAUUUAAAGAACAGUUUUUACAAUUUGCUAAUAACUGAAAUAAGAAAAUGUAUAAAUAAUUUGCUGUCAUAGCUAAUAAAGUUGAAAACAUUACUGUAAAAUUCAGUACCUGAGUAGAGAAAGAAUGUUUAUGUCAAAAUAUCCGUGUGCCAUUUCACGUUUACACCACCUGCUUAUAAAAUGGAAUAAUCCAUCACUUCACUUGUGUAACCACACUCUGGUGUAACCAUGGAGGAAAGACGAAGACACAGGCCUACUUCGAGCGACGAGCGAAUGCUAGUUCGAGCGGAUCGGAUGCGUUUAGUGUUGACUAUAACAAGGCCGAAUUCAAAGGUUUUGGUACUUAUAAUAUAAUAUUCCAUGUUUUGAAUAACAGUCUUGGAAAAUCCGACCACCAGAUAGAUGGCUGCUAACAAGUACUGGUAUCAAUUAUUAAAUUGCGCACUUCAUUCUGAAUCAUACGGUUUCAAUGUGUUGCAGCUGACUUUUUUUAGUAUUAAAAAAACAAAUUAUGAUGUUUCAGUUGUAUUGUAAUUGUUGCUGUAUUUGAAUAUGUAAAUGGGUAAUUAUCACCAUAAAAAAUGCAACUUAUAUUGACAAAUAUCUAGGUGUGAAUGCCCUAACAUUAUUGGUGUAGUGAGGGAGGUGACUACAUAAGUCCCCUUAGGGGUGUCACCUGAAUAGGGGUACCCCUAGGCCUACCCUUAUUCAUGGAACCCUAACCAAAAACCUGAAAUUGUCCCCUUAAUAGGUUUUUUUGGCAUGUUUCCGUACAAUAUGACAUGGAAUCUGUAUAAUUUUAUUUUAUUUGGCCUAAGAAUGAGUUUCAGUUGAAUCAUAACUAAUUUAUAACACUAAUUUGCAAUGCAAAAACAAUUCAUUUAUGAUAUGAAAUCAACAGAAAUGUAAUUAAGACAACAAAAGUUGUAUGUAAUUGAUUAUUGUCAUUGUUUCAUGAUUCAAGUGCAAUGUUAAUGACCAAAUAUUAUUUUUUUAAAUAUUAAGCUUUCUAUUGAAUGUGUAUAAGAUAGAAUAGCAUGGAUCAUUGAUUACCGUCUCUGCAGACUGUACGGUGUACAUUAGAUCCUAUAUGAAAAUACACUAUAACAAGAAGUCCUCAUGGUUAAUGGUCAAAAUUGACAAGAUUGUGUUUGUACAGUACAGACAUAUGCACUAAGCCUAUAUCAAUGGACAUUCUAGAUACUGAGAGGAAAGAAUUCUGUUAAAUGUUAAGUUUACUCAUAAGGUGUCAAAAUAAAAAUUUGUAUGUAUUUUUCUGA